CCCUAUACUCACACAUUGAACAGCAGAAGGGUGGAGGGAUGAAUGGUGCCCGCCUGAUGACCUUUGAUUUGCAUGAAGAAGCUAGCAGGAGGAGAGUCCCCCGAUGACUCAAUGACUCAUGCCCUCUCGACGCAACGGUGCGGGGUCGCGAAUGAGAUCGCGUUGAGAGCAUUUCGAUGUAAACUUGUAAUAAAAAUGUUGCUCAUUGUCGGUCGGGAAAAACUGGUGCAGGAGUGAGGAAGCUGAGCCCUUUGUGAUUGUUUCCAGUGAGAUGUCGUCCAUGUACUCCAAGGCGAGGACCGCGAUUUUAUGGGUGCGCUACGAGCACGUGCGGCGGAUCGUCCAAGAGGCCAAAAGGCAGCUCGUGCUCCGGACGGAGACCCCACACUAUCGAAAUAUCCUCUUCCAGAUGAUACUCCAGUCGCUCUUUAGGAUGGGAGUCGGUUGCAACGUGUUCAUCAUUGUUACCGAAAAGGACGAGGCCAUUGUUCGGGGUUGUUUGGACGACAUUGAGGAGGAAUAUCAUACUCAGACAGGAGCGCGCUGUAAAUUGGCCAUCUCGAAAAAUUCCCUACAUAAAAAAGAAAUUGGUGGGGUCGAGGUGAUAACAUUUGACGCACGGAUCAGAGCACGCAACACACUACGUGCAAGAUUGGUCCAAGUCACAGAAAGAAUGAUUCCGCUUAUCCGGUACGGAUUGUACGGGUUCAAUCCGCAUAGGAAAUCAAUAGAUUGAUUGGUGACCAUCCCAGAAGUAUCCCAGAGAAUGUACAAUUUUAAUCAGACACCUUGAGUCUACUUACAAUGCAGGAUUUAAGAAAGAACCUAACUGCAUUGGCGGAUCCAGAGAUUUGGCAACAAUGGAUUUCCUCCAUUUAAACUUAUGGAAAUGUAUCGAUUCUAGAAGGGGCCAGGUGCUCCGAAAAGAAUCGAUUAUUUAGCAUAGGUUUUAAUGGAGGCAAUCUGGUGUUGCCAAAUUGCUGGAUCCGCCUCUGUCUAACUGUUAGAAUGAUCGAUCGGAGCCGGGAGCUUUGUUCGACUAAAAUUCUAUCGCCGUUGAAUGGACGUGCAUGUUCAUACAAAUGGAAAGGAAAAAAACAAAUCUGAGUAAACGCUCGUUUGAAAGCAGAA